AUGCCGCUUAAAUCUAAGCUUCUCAUGUGCGCGAACAACGCGGUCCCGGCAUCGUUGAAGUACAGACACGGCGGCAUUAGCUCUGACCGUGACUCCGUCGGUAUUUUCCAACAGCGCGCCUCUGUCUACAACAAUAUUGCCUGUAGCAUGGAUGCCGGCUGUUCUGCGGGUCUAUUCUUUUCUGAAAUGAAGCGCAUCGAUCGCUGGCAGACUCUGAGUGUUGGCGCUCUGUGUCAAAAAUUCCAGCAGUCCAGUUCCCCCGAUCGCUAUGAUAGGCAGGCUUCUGCUGCUGCUUCAAUUUGCGCCGCUGGCGGUCUGUAA